AUGACCGGCACACUCUUCUCAGACGCUCGCGCCGCCAUCGUCUCAACCCACCACUCUCACGAGUACGACCGAACCCGCCAGAACAAAACACACUACAAUCCCCAACCGACCCUUCCUGGGAUUGCUAGUAUUCUCGACUUUGCCGGCCAACAUCGGCCCCAGCCUCCCUCGCUGAGCACUUCACACACCCAUCACAGUUCGGCCCGGCUCCAGUCCUCCGACCCCGUUGCCCAUGCACUGCCGGCCUUCGCUCCCAUCCCACCCUUCCAGCAGGACGUCAAACAGAGCUAUCCCUCGCCCACACCCUACUACGAUCAGGCAAGCCCAUCUUCCAGCCAUCCCCACGACCAUGGCCAUCGCCGUCGAAGCUCAACCAUCACCCUCGCCCACCCCCCACCCCCGCCUCCGCCUUCCAGCAGCCACUCCCCGGCACCCCAUCUCCGCCAUUCAGUCUCCUCCCUCACAUGUCCGCCAGCUCCUAGGAACCCCCGAUCGAGCUGUCCUGAAUCAUCAUCCUCAACCAGCCCCUCACUGUCAUCACCAAGCUCCUCCAACCCUCCCGCCCGCUCGGUUCGGGAUCUCUGUCACCCCUCACACCAACCGGUGGGCAAGGAUGCCUACCACUCAACUCCCGAUCGCCCCUCUAGCUCUUUUCCGCUCAGCAGCUCAACCGGCUCAUCCCUCGGAACUUCCAGCCACCACCACCACACGGGCAGACACAUGACUGAUGAUGUACUCCAACGGCGACAUUCCGAGCGGAUCCCCGGGCCUCGCUCGCAACUCACUCACCACUCUCUCCGACCUCCCAGCCCUCCUCUUCAGCACCAACAGCCGAUAGACGACCAUCGGGCAUACACCACCCAGCCGCGUCGCGAAUCGUACGAAAGUCUGCCCAACAGCCGCAGACAGUCUGCCAACCUGUCCUACGAACCCUCGCCCCAUCAGCAAUCAGUCUCUCCGGACAUCCACCCACUAUCCAAACUCGUCACCGGCCCCUUGAGCAACAGCUCGGUCUCCUCCCUGGGCCCCCAACACCGCUACCAAUGCAUGGAACCCGGCUGCGGCAAAACCUUCUCCCGCCCCAGCAGUCUCAAGAUCCAUAGCUAUAGUCAUACCGGCCAGAAGCCGUUCAAAUGCAUGCGCUGCGACCGCGCAUUCUCCGUCCAGAGUAAUCUCAAGCGCCACCAAAAGGUCCACGAGAAACGCACCAUCGGCGGCCCUGGCGGCAGGCCUGUUUCGAACCAUCUCGGCGCUGGCGCGAUGGGUAUGGUCUACGAACGCGGAACGGGAAGACUGAUCGAAGAGGAAUCCGGCGACGACGACCAUGGAAGCGAACACGGAACCUACGAUCGCAUGGAAGAGUAA